GGUUGCUAUAAUAUCAAAUACUGCAUGAUACUAGCAUUAUUCUUAAUCACAUCGACAAUAGAACCAUUUGGAUAUGGCUUUAUUUUGCCUGCUGCUAAAUGUGAUCUACAGAUGAGUGAAACGCAGCGAGGGAUUAUAGCCUCAAUACCUUACAUAGGUAUUUUAGCAUCGUCGUUUCCCUGGGGCUAUCUUAUCGAUACGUGUGGAAGGAAAAAAUCUUUAGUUUACAGUUCAUUACUUGCCGGUAUAUUUUCAAUAACAUCUGCAUUUACGCCAAAUUUAAUAUCAUUUGCUCUUUGUAAACUACUCUCGUCGUUGUGUAUGUCGUGCACUGCAGCCGCUCCGUACACCUAUAUUGCUGAGAUUUUGCCACCGAAAUAUAGAGAUUUGGCGGCAUCGAUUAUGAAUCCUAUGCAAAUAAUGGGUUCUGCUUUAGUGCCUUUAUUGGCGUUGGGAAUUCUGUCUUUAGACUUCAAAUUAGAUUUUGGUAUUUACUUUUUUCGACCUUGGAGAUUAUUGUGUCUGGCUUUUGGAAGUCUGUUCAUCAUAGCUGCCACUUUAGCAUAUGAUGCUCCCGAAAGUCCCAAAUUCCUCAUGUCCCAAAAUAGAAUCGAAGAAAGUCUUAAUACAUUGAAGAUCAUAUAUUCUAAAAACAAGAAGAAAUCACUAGAUGAUUAUCCUAUAAAAACUUUAAAAAGAGAGCCACACAGACACACAGACAGCUACGGUUUUCGCUCUUCAUUAAAAAGGCAGUCAACUCCUUUGUUGCAGCCUCCAUAUAUUAAGUGGAUAGCUCUAAAUAGUUUUUUGCUCUUCGGAGUUUACGCAAAUUUGAGUGGUCUCUACAUAUGGACCCCUGACUUUGUGAACAGAAUAAUUUUAUUCGGUGGUCUGAAUGAAAGUUCUGCUUGUGAUGUUAUAGUUUGGGAAGAUACUAAGAAUUCAAUACGCAAUGUCACAUGUGACGACUCUAUUGACACCAACACUUCUCUCAUAAGCUUUAUAGCGUGUUGUUUAUGCAGUAUCAUCGCGUUGCCGGUUAGCAUUAGCGUAAAAGUUAUUAGCAAAAAGAUAUUGAUAUCUUUCAUUCUUCUAACCACCGGUAUUUGUUGCCUUUUAAUCAACUUUGUAAAGAAUGGAAUCCUGCUAGUGAUUUUCAUGCAGUCAUUGAUGAUGACCACGCUUGCAAUCGGACCUAUUGGAGCGUACACUACGGACAUUUUUCCUACACAUCUAAGAGGUAUGGCAAUGUGUUUGGUAAUGAUGGUUGGUCGUUCGGGAGCGAUUUUUGGUUCAAACUUGGUCGGCUCACUUAUAAACACGGCUUGUAUGGCUAAUUUCUACAUCUUCGGCGGUUUGUUAAUAGUUUGUGCAUUUACCUCGUUCUGCCUUCCAAAUAACAAAUCCAAGGAAAACGACAAAACAAACAUAGAAAUCACGAAAUUAUAACAUUUGGU